AGCGAAACAUGGAUGAGAUCUCUACAAUUGGGUUUCAAAUUAUAUCCCUCGCGAAGGUAAAACCAGAAGGAAUUAAUAAUGACGAUCUGUCGGAGUCUCUGCAAGCAGCAUCGCCUGAGCAGCGUGUACAAGCGCUCAAUAAGCUUCUGCAAGAGGGUGUGCUAGAGAUACUCAAGAAAGGUACGACGCUAAUUUACCGCUUGAAAGACCCCGGUAAAAAAUCGUCCGCUCCAAAGGAUAUUGACAAUGAGGAGAGAGUAAUCUAUAACAUCGUGGAAGAAGGUGGCAAUAAAGGCAUUUGGAUUCGAGAUAUCCGAGUGAAAUCCAACCUAGUCAUGACGCAACUAACGAAGGUGUUGAAGCAGUUGGAAAACAAGAAGCUUAUUAAAGCAGUUAAAUCGGUUAACGCUAGCAAAAAGAAAGUGUACAUGCUGUACAACCUAGAGCCGGACCGAUCGAUAACGGGAGGAGCGUGGUAUCAGGAUCAAGACUUUGAGGCCGAAUUCGUUGAUGUGCUCAACCAGCAGUGCUUACGAUUUCUACGUUUGAAGCGAGAUUCAGCCAGAUCCAGCGGUGAAGGCCCAUUGGCAGUCCAGAAACUGUCCGAAUGUUCGGUGGCAGACGUACAUAAGUUCAUUUCUGAUCUGGGUAUCAGCAAAAUUAGCCUGGACGAGGACGAUUUGGAAACCAUUCUCAAGACCGUUGUAUACGAUGGAAAGGCGGAGCGGAUCGCCCAGAUCGACGGAAGAUUUCUGUACCGGGCGAUAGAGACGCCUAUUGCACCCCCAGGAUUAGUGCAGAUGCCGUGUGGCAUUUGUCCGGUGAUUAAAAAUUGCGCCGAUUGUGGAGAAAUUACACCAAAGCUGUGUACUUACAUCAGUGAAUGGUUAGAUUGAGGAUAGCGAUAAAAAAGACAUGCGCUUCUUGUGUAUAAGCGUUUCUAUUGUAUGCGAAAUAACUCUGGCAUUAAAAAUUACAACAUCAAAUAUG